AGGAAACGUAAAAGAAAACCGCGAGUGAAAAGUGCUGAUUACGUUGUAAAGAUGAAGAAGAAUCGACGAGACAGAGCCAAUGAUAGAGAAAGAAAUAGGAUGCACAGUUUAAAUGAUGCUCUGGAAACUUUGAGAGAAAUCCUUCCCAAUGGCGCCGAUGGUAAAAUGACAAAAAUCGAGACACUUCGUACAGCCUAUAAUUAUAUCUGGGCUUUGAGUCAAACUGUGAAAAUGUUGGAU